AUGGAAAUAUCUAAUGCAAUAGUGAAAGCUCAGCGGGCUACUCAUCGACGUUCCAAUGAGCGCAAACAACUCGCCGAUCCACCCCGGCCAAGCACUGGUGGAAGUUCUGGAGCGACGGCACAGCAGGACUUGAAGGUCUCGGCAGAGCCCACGGGGACAGGCACAGCACAGAUGACCGGGAAUCAGAAGGAAGAUACAGGACGGCCGGUACAUCAGGGUCCUUCUGCAAUGCGCAGCGCACGAAACCGUGGUGCGGUGGCCCUUCCGUUCGCGCCGCCCGGUUUUCGUGCCCACUUGUCCACGAAGCCCCGCAACCAAGAUCGUCAUAUUCCAUCAAGGCAACGGCAGCUUGCGCCGGUCGACCCUGAUUUUGACCGGUCGCUUCCGAUCCUGUUGAACGACGUGAACUCCGCGCAAGACCCAGGUGCGCUCGCUACACUGGACACCAAACGACCAACUCCUGCUACCAAACCUAUCGGGAAGCUGUUCAAUCCCAGUACUGACGCGGUCCCCAUGAUGAAGCGUGCACACGCUGUGGAGCAACCAGCUACGCAAGAGGACAAAUUAGGGAGGAAAGGAAGUAGCCGUAAGAGAGGAGACAAGAGCAGGGAGGGGAGUGGCAAAGAACGCUCCCGGUCUGAGAGGAAGAAAGUGGAAAGGAAGGACUCAAGAUUGUGGGAUCCGGAAACGACCCGCCCUGGAACCAAUUCUACGUCCUCUGGACUUCUUCAGCAUAUGGUAGCGAACAGCGAUACAAACCGAGAGGGCGGGAAAAUAUUUCUGUUGAAGAAAUCCGAUGGUACGCUUCGAAAAUCGGAUGACGUUGACCAAAAUCUGCACAACGGCGAUGAGUCCGUGGUCAAACGAGCUCAGUCAUAUACCUUUACUCACGAUCAGAUGGUCACCACCAUCCGCGAAGUUCAUGAUGAGCUCAGUAAGCUUGAAGGUCAUGUUAUAGCUGAAGAUGCCAAGCGACUUCGAGAGGACUUCGAGGGCGACGAAGAAACUGCCCAGGUGGAUCACGCUAAAUGGCAGGCGUUGGCUGCGGCUCACACAAGUUUAGCUCACGUAUACUACGCUUUCCUAUCUACUAGCCAACAUCCGGCUGCUGGUGUUUCGAUCAGAAGGUUGGCGAGUAAGCAUGCUAUUCCUGGCAGGCUUUGGCGUCAUGCAAUCUUGUCCCUUCUAGAGCUCUUCCGUCACCGCUUACCAGCCUUGCUUGAGCACAUGCUCAGUUUCCUGUACUUUGCGUACGAUCUCAUGACGACACUCCUGGAGACUAUUCCUAUCUUCCGGAAUACGUGGUUGGAGUGCCUCGGUGAUUUGGCCCGAUACAGAAUGGCUAUCGAAGAGAAUGUUGAGGAAGAUCGCGAGACUUGGCGUGGUGUUGCACGCAUGUGGUAUUACAGAGCAAGCAAAAAGGAACCAGCUGUUGGGCGGCUCUAUCAUCACCUGGCUGUCUUGGUUCCGCCUGGAGAGGGAAGCCGUAUGGAACAAUUGUUCUACUAUUCCAGAAGUCUUAUUGUAGCACAUCCCUUCUCUAGUUCGAGAGAGUCUAUGCUCGCCCUUUUCAACCCGGAGUACGUCCAAAUGCAGAUGGACAAUAGCUUGGACGAUCAACCAGCGUCAGCUAAGUUCAGUGAUUUGCACCGCAUGCUGUUCGGGAGCGUUCAGUUGGACGACUUCGAGCUUGCGGUGGACGAUCUUGUCGCUUUGCUCGAUGAACACCAGACUUGGCAACCCGAUGGUACCAAGAUGGCAAUUGCGAACAUUGCUGCUUUGUUCCAGUACGGCAAGCGCGAUUCUGUACUGCGCCGGUUGGUCAAGGAAGGACGGAAGGAGAGGGAAACGGAGAUCGAAAUAUCAGCCGUGGCACAUGAUCUUCCCGGUAGCGACGAAGUCGUUCUUCCAACCCUUACUGCUGCGGAUAAUGAGAACCAAGAGCAUCUUGCGCCUUUCGGAAACGACCAAGGCAGUCCAUCCAGCGCGUUCAAGAAGCUUGCAAUUGCUGAGCAGGACGAAAAUACAACUGUCAAUGAAAUUGUGUUCCAAAAAGCAACCCAGCUUUUGGUCUCUGUUCUAACCCUUGCGCUCACUACGGGAACCUCCGAUGUUUACCCCCACGUGCAUGUGAUGUUGACCUUUUUUACGCACGUACUUUCGUACCACACCGUCGCAUCUGCAUUGGAAGACAAACUUCCAUGGGAGGCUAUCGCCUACUUCUUGACUGACGCUAUGCAGGCCGUGGAGGAUGAAGGUGUUGUGGGCGCAGAGUUCCCGCAGGGAGCAGGCACGCCUCUUGCUGAAGACUGGGUGAUGAGGGGCAUGGACUGGUCGAGAAAAAUGUUUCCUUCCGAGUGGUUCAAUGACUUCGAAGACGAGCAUGAUGUCGAAGAACGCUGCCUUGAUGACGACGACGACGCUGAGGCAUAUAGAACCGAGCGCAUCGCAUGGCUUGCCCUGAGGCUCUGUCGUGUUGUGGAUGCUCUUCAGUAUCAUCCCGAGAAGCGUGAGUUCUCUGUCUCCGAGACAUUCCUUCUGAGAAAGCAAGUUCUUGCCGAAGCCGCGACUCUCGAAUCUUUUCGAGAUCGUACGACGUCUGCCGAAGAUGUCUCGGAUGACGACGACUAUUUUUUCGAUGCUGACGGGCAGGAGAGCGACGAAGAACUCAACGCGGAAGCCGAGAGCGAAGAGCUUAGGGAACUUAAGCAGCGUCGCCGCGAACUCAAGGCGAUGCUUUCUGAGCAGAGGAAGCCCGUGCGCGAUCGUGCUGCGGCAACUACGAACACCAUCGGUCAAGAUAAAGAUGUUGUGGUGAAGCCGGGGCAAACUAAGUUGAUCUUUGACACAAACUUACUUGUCUCGAACUUGGACCUGUUCAAGCUUGCUCUACAGACCGGAAAUUGGACGAUUAUUGUUCCGCUGGUUGUCAUCACCGAGCUUGACGGUCUGAAGAACAACCCACCGCCGUUGGGCGAUGCCGCACGGGACGCGAUCCACACAAUCGAGGCAGCUCUGGCGGCCUGGCAGCUUAAAGUCCUUACUGCUAGAGGCAAUGCUUUGACAAAUUUGUCCUUCCGCUCGGAGCAGCUUGAUGAAGGUUACGCUACCACGGAAGAACGACGUAAGACACUUGAUGACCGUAUCAUCGAUGCUGUGCGUGCCCAGCUGGCGGUGGGACCUACGAAUGAUGAAGUGGAGAAAGCUGUCCUGGUCACCGGAGACAGGAACAUGCGCGUCAUUGCUAAGGCUAGGGGUGUUACGCCAAUUACUGGCGCUGCUCUCUCCAAGAUUAUGUCGGGCGAUGCGUCCGCCACUUCGUCCAAGCGAAGCAGGAAGAAGAGGAUUGACGGAACUUGA